AAAGUAAGACGUGUCCUCGCGGUGUCUGGCUGCUUCGUAACCGCGUCGUAACCAGAAACGCGUUCGUGAGGUGCGAGAACGCCUCAAGUAACCGUUUUUGUAACUAUCCGCGUGUACCGGGUGAAAAUUACCGACUCGUGUUAUACAUAUCCUUUCUCUGAUUGUGUGUACUUUGUACACCAAACAGCAACUGAAAAAGAGAAGAGAGGAAGUAAAAAGGGCCACAUAGGGAGAGCAAAGAAAGGAAAGACGAAAGGAUUAUAUAUUCGAACAACAUGGCCACUGCGAUCGACGACCGGCAGGAAUUGUUGGAGCAAUUUCAAGCGAUCGACGAGAAUGGGGACGGUUUCAUCAACCUUACGGAGUUGCGAAGCGCGUUGGACAUCUGCGGCUUCAAGAUGCCCGGAUACAAGGUGCGGCAGAUGAUCGAGGAGUACGACGACAAACAGAGGUCGGAGCACAAGGGUCGAUUGUCGUUCGAGGAGUUCGAGAAACUUUGCAAGGAGUUGAAGGCGAACGAAUUGGGAUCCACGUUCAAGCAGGUGGUCUCGAAAAAGGAGAAUUUGGAAACGUUGGGAGGGAUCUCGGAAGCGUCGAGCGAGGGGACCACGCAUUCGGUUAGACUGGAGGAACAGCUCGCCUUCAGCGACUGGAUAAACACGAAUUUGUCGCACGAUCCUGACCUCAAACACCUGCUGCCAAUAGACCCCGAAGGGAAGACCUUGUACGAGAAGGUCAAGGAUGGCAUUCUUCUUUGCAAAAUAAUCAACCACUCCUGCCCGGACACGAUCGACGAGCGAACGAUCAACAAGAAGAGCCUAACGCUGUACAAGAAACACGAGAACCUAACGUUGGCCCUCUCGUCGGCCCAGGCGAUCGGGUGCAACAUCGUGAACAUAGACGCCCACGACCUGACGAAAGGCUCGCCCCACCUUGUCCUCGGCCUCCUCUGGCAGAUCAUUCGAAUCGGCCUGUUCAACCAGAUCACCCUCGAGAAUUGUCCAGGCCUCGCCACCCUGUUGCAAGACGGGGAGCGAAUCGAGGACCUCCUCAAGCUCUCCCCCGAGUCGAUCCUCCUCAGAUGGGUGAACCACCACUUGGAGAACGCCGGCAUAGUGAGAAGGUGUCACAAUUUCCAAUCGGACAUCACCGACUCGGAGAUCUACACCUACCUCAUCAAACAGAUCGCGCCCAACACGGCGGGCGUCACUCUCGAGGCAAUGAUGGAGCCGAAUCACACAUCCCGCGCCGAGAUCAUGCUGCAACAGGCGGCCAAGCUCGGCUGCCGAAGUUUCGUGACGCCGAGCGACGUGGUGAACGGCAUAUACAAGCUGAAUCUCGCCUUCGUCGCCAACAUGUUCAACAAUUAUCCGGGGUUGGACAAGCCGGAGAACAACAUAGGGUUGGAAUCGUUGGAGGAGACCAGGGAGGAGAAGACCUAUCGUAACUGGAUGAACUCGAUGGGCGUGGUUCCCCACGUGAACUGGCUGUACUCGGACCUGGCCGACGGCCUGGUCAUCUUCCAACUUUACGACAUCAUCAAACCGGGCACGGUGAAUUGGAACCGGGUGCACAAAAAGUUCACCAAGUUGCGCAAGUUCAUGGAGAAGUUGGAGAACUGCAAUUACGCGGUCGAGCUUGGGAAAACGAUGAAUUUCUCGUUGGUGGGGAUCGCGGGUCAGGAUAUAAACGAUGGCAACGCAACGUUGACACUGGCGUUGAUCUGGCAAUUGAUGAGGUCGUACACGUUGUCGAUCCUCACGUCGUUGGCCGGCACCCAAGGAAGCACCUUGGUCGAGAAGGAGAUCGUCCAAUGGGUGAACUCGAAGCUUCAGGCGGCAGGGAAGGCGAGCGGUAUCAAGGGGUUCCAGGAUUCGUCGAUAGCCGAUGGCAAGGUGGUGAUCGAUCUUAUCGACGCCAUCAAGCCAGGUUCAGUGAAUUACGACCUGGUGAAGGAGGGCGGUACCGAGGAGGAGAACCUGGACAACGCGAAGUACGCGAUAUCCUUGGCCCGAAAAUGCGGAGCGCGAGUAUACGCGCUACCAGAAGACAUAACCGAGGUGAAACCGAAGAUGGUGAUGACGGUGUUCGCCUGCCUCAUGGCGAUGGACUACAUCCCCAAUAUGGAUUCCGUGAAGCAGAAUAACGUGAUGAACAACAGCCAAUAAUAAUGGCGCGCCACGUCCGCGAAACGUCCCCGCGCGUUUUCCACGACGUGCACGGGAGGAACUGAGUGUCGACUGAGUCGCGGUGUAUCGCCGUGUCUCUUUUAUCGAGCGUAAUAAUUUGUAUAUAAACUUAGGUUAGGGUAGGCUUGUUUUCCGAAUCGAAAGGAGCAAAAAAAAAAAAAAAGAAAAAAAGAAAGAAAAAGCAAACAAAAAAACGAAAGAAAAUGUGUGUAUGUGUAUGUGUGCGCGCGUGUGUGUGUGUGUGAGAGAGAGAGAGAGAAAGGAAAAAAGGAAACGAGAGAAGGGGAGGAAUCGCUUGAUAGAGAGAGGAGAGGGACGACGAUUAAAAGCGGAGUGCGUUUCAUGCGUCUGAUCAUUUCGUUUGCCGUGAUUUGGGUUGAGAGUAAUUAUUAGGAGGACGAGAGUGAUUUUCACAAAGUGCGAUGAUUUCGAAUUUUUAUUUUUUAUUAGAUAGAGGUAGAGCGAGAACAAGAGGCAUAAAGUCGAAGGAUAAAGUGAAAAAUUGAUUGUAUGAUGACGAGUAACGUUUCAGAUAAUACGUACUUUUUCUUGUUUCUCGCGUAGGAAAGGAAAAAUAUCUGAAUGAUUUGUACGUCGCUUAUCGAUCACGAGUUUUACGUCAAGUACUUCAUCUUGUAUCUCUUGUGAUACAAGGGGAUUCUCCUUCUCCGAUCUUUCAAUCAUAUCUUUGUCUCAUUUUUAAUAAUCGUGAUCUUUUUUAAGAUUUGUAUAAAUCGAUCAAACGGUCUCUCAAUUGUAUCGAUCACAGAAAGAAAAGAAGGAAAAAUCGAUACGCGAUCAUAUAUCCGUAAUAUAUAUAUCCGAAAGACCGAAAGAACUCGAUGGAAACGAAAUAAUUCGCGUAUACCGGAUAUACGUGGCUUUCAAAUUGUCGAUUAUAUGUAUAUAUAUAUGUAUACAUAUAUAUAUAUAUAUAUAUAUUAUAUUUACAUUCUUAAAUCAUAUUAUAUAUGUUUGAAAUGUGUACACGUAUUUGAUACUGCGAAUGUGAAAUUGUCAUAACUUUACAAUGGCAAUCAGUCUUCGAUCAAUCAAUCAAUCAAUGGAUCAAUUCGAAAAAUGGAAAUUCUUAGGAGAAUUACGAAUAAUGUAUUUAAUUAUAUAUAUAUAUAAGAAAAAAAAAAAAGAAAAGAAAGCUUUCACCGCGAGAUACCAUUUUCCAAUGUUCAUCUUCAAGUUGAUCUCCAUAAAAAUAUAUCCCAAACUUUUGUAUCUAUCUAUUUCCGAAUAUUUAAUUUUAAUCGAACGAUAUAAGUUUUAAAAAUGUUAUAUAAACGAUGUUUAGAUGCAUUUUAAAAGAGAAGAAAUUACCAAUCGAAGGCAAUAAUUAAAGAAAAGAAGGAAAAAAAUAUAUUAUACAAGAAUCGAUAUUUCUUUCGUUGCUGUAAAUCUGUGACGUGUCACGUUUACCUUUUAUUGUACCCGAUCGUUUAAAUCGGCGAAACAACCGUGUGUGAACCGAUUCGAACCGUCGACAAAACGAAACGAACGCACAAUGAUCAUUGUAAUCGUGCCAUUAUAAUUAAUCGAAAUCGUAAUCGUGAUUGGACGCAAUAUUUAACGAUCGAUUCGAGCGAAACGUACUUACGUAUUUAAGAAAAAAAAAAAAAAAAAAAAANAAAAAAAAAAGAAAAAAAAAAAGAAGAAAAAGAAGAAAUAACGAAGCGCAAGCAAAGCGCGUUUUACCGAUCGCUCUUCCUCGAAGAACCCACAUUUAUACAGCGAACGAUGAAGCAACGCUUGUUCCUCUUGAUCGUACGCGUUUUUUGCGUACAAUAUGAUUACACACUGAGUACUGAUGUAUAUCCCCUAGAAUAUAUCUUAGAGUAAAACUCUCGAGAGUUGGCCACCGAGGGUAUUUCUACUAUUGGAGAGUAAACUUUCGCGCAAUAGUCUACUUAAAGCAAACUUUCGAAAAUUUUAUUUUUGCGCGUGUACGUUUGCAUCUCGUACAACGGGUAGCGUAAUUAUUCGACGAAUCAUUCUUUCGAAACUGAAACGAGCGAAGCGGAAAACAAAUCGACUGAACUCUCUUUAUCUUUGUAUUCGUUUAUAUUUGUUUCUUUUUUUUUUUUUUUUUUUUAAAUUUUACGCGCUAUAUAAGAGCGUCACGAUCGUGUUAUUAUCGAGAAAUUUGUAUGUCGAAGUUUAACUUUUAGACGUUUUUUUAGAAAUCGCGCCACGUUUCGAGAAUUUAUAACGAACUUUUUAUAAAACCGCGAUCGUAUACGCGUUCUCAAUUAAAUUAAGAUUAAAGAAUCGUUGGAUCGAAUCGUUGCGGAGGAAGCUGGCAGAUAUUUAAUCGAUUUAGCUUGACGAGGUGAACUAAACGAAAGUGCAAUUCAUCGAUGCUUGGAACAUUCUUGGAUGGAAGUGAAAAAAAAAAAAAAAAAAAAGAAAAGAAAAAUUUCUUAAAGGGACGAGACACGAGUUAUACGCAUUUCUUAAUUAAGGAUAAUAAUUAUUUGAUAAUGAAUGAUUAAACGAAAUCGCAUAUUAAAUUGUUAUCAAUUCCACAGAUAACAUUCGUACCAGGCUGCAUUUUUUCCCUCUAAUCAGAAUGCGAAAUUACAUUCCGUGCGUUCUGAUUGGAGACGAAUCGAAUUCGAAGGACGAAGACGAAGAAGAAGAAGAUUAAUCGAAAAAAAACGCUGAAGAAUGGCGUUUAUUCUUGUGAUUUCGAGUGAGUGUCGAGUAAUCUUUUAAGAGGGCCGUUUGCAAUCUGCGCAAUUUUAGAUUUAAGAUUAAAUCGAGGAAAAGAAAAAUUUUUGCUCUUCCCCUUCCCCCCCCCCCUCCCCCUCCAAAGCAAAAGUAAGAUUAGGGAAAAAAAGAAAGGAAGAAAGAUGCGCGCGAGAGAAAUGUCGGAUCAUCGAUUAGCUAAAUUUUCUUUCGCUGUAUAUUCGUUUUAAUCGAUUCGUCAAUCAGUAAUUUCAACUUACAAUGAUCGCUGAUGAAUUCUUAAAAAUAAAGAAAAAUGCGUACGUUCACAUAUACACGAUGUUCUGUGCGUACAUGAACGUGUGUGUAUGUAUGUGGGUCACCGUAGAUAUAUAAUUUAAUGUAUCCGUAAUUUAAAUAAAAACAAAUUUAUCUAAUAA